UAAUCAAUGUCUUACGAACAAUACAAUGUUCGUUGCGUUUCUAUGUAAAUAUUUUGAUGGUUACCGAUGAUUUAUCGGAUCCUCAUAAAUCACUGAUGUGCUAGUGUAAAAUCGCCACAGCAUUACGGACCUAUAUUUGAAAGUUUAACGACCGGACGGACAUACGCUAUGUCAACUCCAGGCGAAUAUGACCCCGAUGAGAUCCCAGGCCAAUGGGCUCCUGGAAGCGUUGCUGAUGAGUUAGAAAAACUGGGUGAUAAGCCCCCGAAAGGCGGGAAGGGACGUCAUGGCCAGAAGAAGCCCAAGGACAAACGAGAGAACCCGGAUUUUGAGGACAUGCCGGGUUAUGGUGGAAUUGCCUUUGGGAAGGAUACGGAGUUUAAACCGCCUGCCCCACCGUCAGGGCCCUCAGGUGACCCGCCAAAGAUGGACUUUCCUGACCUUCCAAAGCUGUCAAAGGAUGACUGCCAGGAGGCUCUCAAAAAGUUCGUAGAAGGACAGAUGUGCUAUGGAUCCAAACCUGCCAAGGAAAUGGAGAUCACUGAUGUGAAAGGAGGCCUGGCUUUACAUCUUAAAAUGGAGACGUUCACCGAGAACCGCUCUACCAAGAAAAAGAAGAAGCCGUACAAGGGUGGGUCGGUGGACGGCCCGGAGAACGGGGAGCCACCAGCACCCUGGAACGUGGCAUGUGACUUUAAGGCCGAGUUUAAGGACGCUAAGGUCAAGAAAGAAGUGCCCCACACUGCCAAAGUUAAGAAAUGCAAGGACUGUAAGGGAAAGGGGUAUGAAAAGUGCGAUGAUUGUGACGGGUGGGGCAAGGUCGAGUGUGAUCAGUGUGACGGUUCGGGCGUCGUAGAUGAAGUCAACUGCCCGUUCUGCAUUGGAGGCAAUAAGAGAUGUAUGGACUGCGGUGGGGAUGGCCGUGUAACCUGUGAUGAUUGUGAAGGAUACAAGAAGCUCAAAUGCUUUGUCCAACUCAAAGUGAAAUUUAUUAACCACGACGACGAGUAUAUCUACGAGACGACUGAUCUUCCGGACGAGCUGGUUGCUAACGUCGGUGGCAACGUUAUCUUUGAGGAAAAGCUGCCAAUGGUCUGGCCUAUCACUGGGUAUCCAGUCCCUGAAAUCAACAAGAAAUCGCAAGAAAUGGUCAGCACUCACAGUAAAAAGUGGCCCAACGAACUUAUCCACCAACAGAGACAGACGCUGCGCGGGGUACCGGUGACCGAGGUUCACUACAAGUGGGAUGAUCAGAACCUCCGGUACUGGAUCUACGGUACUGAGCAGAAGAUAUACGCCCCUGACUACCCGCAGCAGUGCUGUUGUGGAUGUUCCAUCAUCUAGACACGCAAGCGUUAACGAGUUAAUGAUGGAUUUGAUCAUCCCACGUGCGACCUAUUCCGUUACUUUCUAUUUACGACGGAUAACAGAAUGGGUCAGUCGUUGGUAUAAGACGAUGGAUUUGAAAUGAGUUUAUGCAUUCUGCAGUAUUAAUUUACAAAUUGACCAAUACGUUACAUUUUAUGUGUAAUUGUUAUUUUUAGACGUGUUUUUACUUCCAGUAACGCAAACACAUAUACUUGUUCUAUUCUCUAAGUACUCGGUUAAAACCGCUAAAGGUUAAUUGAACUCAAUUUUCAUUUUUGUAUGAAAAUUACAUAAGCAUUAAAUGCAUAUAUAAACUACAAGAUACUAUUUAGUCUUAUCAUCAUUUUUUAAAAGGAAUGAUUGCCCCGUGAACUGGUCUAUUUUUAUUCAAAAUUUCGAACAUUUAAAUUCUACAGUUAACUGUUGUGCUAUGUACUGUCAGAUCGGCCUUUUUUCCUGUGAUUUGUAUCAUUUCUAUUAACGCCAAAUUGAUUCAUUUGUAUACGGGAUGGCGAUGUUUUAAGUGCUUUUUUAUACAUAAAACAUCAUCAACGUAAAGACGCGCAUCAACUAAUUUAAACCCAAAGUAAAAUGUUCCUUCACUGACUGUCAAAAGGCACUAACACCAACAUGAUGCUUGUAUGGUCUGUGAUGUUUGUGUGUUGUGUCUCUCGUUCAGUGUGUUUUGGGCCAUAGCCCUGUGCCUCUAAAAAGGUUUUUUUUUUGUUUAAAGUGUCGACUACUGGGCUUGUCCCUAUCAUUGUAUGUGUACAAUUACAAAUAUUUAAAAUGACAAUCAAAAACAUCAGUCAUACAUGCAGCUUUUAACAAGUUAAGACAUGGCUAUUAUAUACCAUAUUUGUCCAAUUAAUAUGCAAUCAAAUGAGUACAUUUCGUUAAUAUGAAGUCUUGUAUUGUAUAAUUCUCGAGGGUUAUAUCUAUUUUUAGAAUGUGAGUGUGAACACUAUGUGUGCACGUGCUUGAUUGUAUGAGUGUGUAUGUAUAUAAAUGCAUUUAAUGAAAACCAAUCAACUAUAUGUAUGUGUUUUUCUCAUUUAUUUUAUUAUGCAUUUUAUUUCUCAUUUAGCUUUGUAUUAUGAUAUAUUUGCUAUGUAUGUAAGGUAUAAGUCACUCGCGAGUUUCGAGACUUCUGGCCUAUAUUGUUCCAAUCAUAUUUUAACAAUGAUCUAUUUGUUGGCUUUCGAUCGAAAUGAAAAUAAAACCUGUUUUGCUAUUAAUUUCCAUUUCAUGAAAAUUAUAAUGCUUGUGUAUGUUCGACGUAAAACAUAACAUGCUAUUGUACAGCUACUGUGAUUCUACAUAAGAUUUGAAUAUAAAACAAAGAUUGGACAAUAAGAAUAGCAUUCAUAUCUCUUUCUCAAUUUUUAUACGCUUAAAACUCAAAUAAUACAAUCUUUUUUACAAUCUCACUUUAUCCAUAUAUAUUUCCUGAUAUUAUUAUUGUAUUCUGAUAAUGAUGUUAAUUGUGAUAUGGUGCCUUUUACAUAAAUUGGUUUGUGUGUUUUUUUCUACUCUGCAUUGUAUGUUUUAUGUAUAAAUAAUACUCGAAUUAAAUCUUGAUUUUAUCUCA